AUGGCCGCUGAAAGUGGGACACCGGGAAACCCCCCACAAGAUACCACGAAAGAGGCCGAUACCGUCGUUGUCGGUCGAGAUGUUGAAGAAAUGACCACACACCCAUACCGCCCAACUAGAUGGCAGAGUAACAUCACUAUCAUCAGUUGUUACAUCGCGAACUUCAGUGAUGGCUUUCAGAACACCCUCGCUAAUCCUACAAAUGUCAUCUUCAAUAAGGUGCUUGGAGCUGAUAGAUACUCCUCUGAAAUGAAGACUCGCAUGAGCAACUCCGUCAUUGUGGGAGCCAUUCUUGGUGUUGUUGUUCUCGGGUACACCUCCGACAUGUUUUCACGGCGAGCUGGAUUGCUGUUCACAUCCUCUCUUGUCGCCAUCGGCACAUUGAUGGCCGCACUGGCUCUGCAGGUACAUCCCUCCAGCAAUAUGCUGUGGUAUUUUGUUGUUGUUCGUGGAAUUGCUGGAUUUGGUGUGGGCGGCGAGUACCCUCCAAGCGCGUCUGCUGGUCUGGAGGAAACAGAUGGGAUCCUGCGAAAAUACAGAGGACCCAUGUUUGUGUCCUUUACAACUUUGAUGGCCACACUCGCCGGCCCAAUUUUGAUGAUCAUCUACCUGAUCACACUCAUCGCCACUGACAAUAAUCUUGUUGUUGCUUUCCAUGCAAUUUACUCCAUUGCCACUAUUCUCCCAGUUUCGAUUAUUGUUUUAAGACUGUUUAUGGUGGACUCGUCUCUCUUCCACUAUUCCAAUCUGAAACGCGAGCGCAAGUCUUUCCGACUUUAUCUCGUUCUUGCGCGGCGUUAUUGGUGGAGACUAUUGACUACUUCACUGGCCUUCUUCCUGUAUGAUUUUAUCAAUUUCCCCAACAGCAUCAUGUCCAGUUCGAUCAUCUCCUCCUUGGUCACAGACCACAAUGUCCGGACAACGGCCAUUUGGCAGGUAAUUUUGGCAGUACUGCCAGUUCCCGGAGUUGUGAUCGGAGCUUGGCUCACUAAUGCAAUUGGACGUCGCUGGACUGGAAUUUUAGGCUUCGCUGGAUAUGUGGUUCUCGGGUUCGUUAUUGGUGGCACGUACACGAAGCUUUCUCAAAACAUUGCGGCAUUCGUUGUUCUGUAUGGUUUGCUGCAAGCAUUUGGCCAUAUGGGUCCCGGUGCUACCAUUGGGCUUAUAUCUUCCGAAUCUUUCCCAACUGCCAUGCGGUCUAUGGGCUAUGGUGUUGCUACAGCAUUUGGUAGAACUGGUGCUGCCGUCGGCACUCAGUGUUUCACUCCUCUGCAGGACCGUGCUGGCAACAGCUCCACCUUUUACUUGGCUGGUGGCAUCGCUAUUCUCGGCAUGAUGGUCUACUACUUGUUGCCUGAAAGCCGGGAUCUAGAUUUGGAGAAAGAAGACAAGGAGCUCAAUGAGUAUUUGAUGCAGCACGGAUUCACGACUGAUGUGAAGGAACAGAUGUGA